AUGGUGCCCCAGGUGUUGGACGCAAUGAGUGACAGCACUAACAGUUCCACCACGGCCAAUGACCUGGACCUCAUCUACCUCAAAGGCAUCAUGGAGAGCCCUCCGGAGUAUGAGGAGAGCCUGAAGGAGCCGCGUCCGUCGCCAGUGAGGGAGAACAACGUGGAGCUCUUGCAGGAGAUCCUCAGAGACCUGGACCCCUUCACACACCGCUCCGACACUGCAGCGGAGCUCGCCCUCAUACUCACACAGCCUCACUUCCAGUCUCUACUGGAGACCCAUGAUUCAGUGGCGUCCCAGACAUGUGACAGCCCCCCCCCCAGCCCAUGUGAUUUUGUGGAUCAUGAGCCGGAGGAAGGCCACAAAAACAACCUGCACCUGCCACCUGACGCAAUCCGCAUGGUGGGCAUACGCAAAGUGGCAGGGGAGCAUCUGGGUGUGACGUUCAAGGUGGAGUGUGGUGAGCUGAUUAUAGCCCGCAUCCUCCAUGGAGGGAUGAUAGACCAGCAAGGACUGCUGCACGUUGGAGAUAUCAUCAAAGAGGUUAAUGGACGAGAGGUUGGCCAGGACCCCAGGGUGCUGCAGGAGGAGCUGCAGGCAGCCAGUGGAAGUGUAGUUCUGAAAAUACUGCCUAGCUACCAUGAAACCAUAACACCAAGUCAGGUGUUCUUUAAGUGUCACUAUGACUACGACCCGGCCAAUGAUAACCUGAUUCCCUGUAAGGAGGCGGGCUUAAGGUUUGAGACAGGCGACAUCCUUCAGAUAGUCAACCAGGAUGAUGUCAACUGGUGGCAGGCCCGUCAUGUGGAGGGUGGUAGUGCGGGGCUGAUCCCCAGUCAGAUGCUGGAGGAGAAGAGGAAAGCAUUUGUCAAGAAAGAUGUGGAACUGGCGCCUGCAGGAAAUCUUUGUACUGGUGUUGGAGGGAAGAAGAAGAAGAAAAUGAUGUAUGUGACCACCAAAAACGCAGAGUUCGACCGACAUGAGAUAUUGCUCUACGAGGAGGUGGCCAAGGUCCCGCCUUUCAAGAGGAAAACUCUGAUUUUGAUUGGUGCCCAGGGUGUGGGGCGGCGGAGACUGAAGAACAAGCUUCUACUGAGGGAUCCACUCGUCUUUGGCACCACCAUUCCAUACACCUCCAGAAAGCCCAAAAAAGAAGAUCGCGAGAGUCGGAUGUACGCCUUUACCAGCCGCAGCAAGAUGGAGACCGACAUCAAGAACGGGCGCUAUCUUGAACAUGGAGAAUACGACGGCAACCUGUACGGAAUCAAGAUCGACUCCAUACAUGAGGUGGUGGAGGCGGGGCGCGUCUGCAUACUGGACGCCAACCCUCAGUCUCUCAAACUGCUGAGGACCUCCGAGUUCUUGCCCUAUGUGGUGUUCCUUCAGUCUCCGGACUUCGAGGUGCUCAAGGCGAUGAACCACUCAGCUGUAGAGGCAGGGGUAGUCACUAAAACACUGACGGAUGAAGAGCUGCAGAGGACGAUCGACGAGAGCGCUAAAAUCCAGUCGGCCUACGGUCACUACUUUGACCUCAGCAUCAUCAACGACAACCUGGAUGAGACCUACCGCACCGUCAAGGCCGCCCUGGAAACGGUUUCUAAAAACCCCCAGUGGGUCCCCGUCACAUGGGUUUUCUAGACCAAGGCUGAAGGCAGAGGAGGGAGGGAAUGUCAGGAUGAAGGAAGGCACUGAAAAUCUAAAUAAUAGUGUGUAAAUAAUGGAAGUUCUUUUUUAGACUUUGUGAAGUUUCCACAUAGAUCAAGACCUUAGCAGUAGCUUAGCAUCAAAAAACUAUUUUCUUGCUAAAGUAACAGCUUUGCAUCAAAAUGACCUUACUUACAAGGUAUGAAGGUUGAAGGUAUGUGAAUAAGACAGCUAUUAUUUCAGCAGGAUUAUAUUUUUCUGUGCAGGGAGGAUAGGAAGGAGGGUAUAGAAAGAAACAAGAGAGAGACAGAAAAAGACAGCGGUGGAAAAGACAAAUGAAAUCUUGAAUGUCAGAUUUUACCUGGACACAUGAAGGACCGUGUGUGUGUGCCUGAGCAUGGACUUUAAGGCUUGUAAGUUUUUUAAUGAUUUGUGCCAGUACUGAUGCUCAUCAGCAUAUGUCAUUGUUUACAUUUCAUGAUCAAAACGAUCAUUACUGAUGGUUACACUUAAUCUGCAGGCUAUGAGGGCUCGAAAAAUGUAUUAGCAGUACCCGAUCUAUUGAUUAUUUGUUCGCUUAAUUAACCAAAAACCAAAAAUGUAACUUAGAAUGUUGACGCCCACCACAACCUACAAGAGACCAAACACAUAUCUUAAAACUGCUUAUUUGUUGGUCUGGCAGUCCAAAAACCCAGAAGUUGUCAAAUUACAACAACAUGAAAUGAAAAAGGCAAGAGAUUUCUCUUAUUGUAAUCAAUUGACUUUUUAUGAUUAAUUAUUUGGCUAACACAUGCAACGCUUCAGUGGGUGUGUAACACAAUAAUACAGAAGCUACAGAUUUCCUCA